CCAGCCGGGCCGGGGAACUGGGCGGCGGAGACGCCUCGGGCUCCUGAGAAGUGGAUCGGCUCGCGGCCACCGCAAUGCCAGGGGCCGCCGGGCUCCUCCUGGCCCUGCUGCUCAGCGGGGGCCUCGGGGGCGGCCAGGAACAGCAGCCGCAGGCACAUCAGCAGAGAGGUUUAUUCCCUGCUGUCCUGAAUCUUGCUUCUAAUGCUCUCAUCACCACAAAUGCAACAUGUGGAGAAAAAGGACCUGAAAUGUAUUGCAAAUUGGUAGAGCAUGUCCCUGGACAGCCUGUGAGGAACCCCCAAUGUCGAAUCUGCAAUCAAAAUAGCAGCAAUCCAUACCAGAGACACCCGAUUACAAAUGCUAUUGAUGGAAAGAACACUUGGUGGCAGAGUCCCAGUAUUAAGAAUGGAAUCGAAUACCAUUAUGUGACAAUUACACUGGAUUUACAGCAGGUGUUCCAGAUUGCAUAUGUGAUUGUGAAAGCAGCUAAUUCCCCCCGGCCUGGAAACUGGAUUUUGGAACGCUCACUUGAUGAUGUUGAAUACAAGCCCUGGCAGUAUCAUGCUGUGACAGACACGGAGUGUCUAACCCUUUACAACAUUCAUCCCCGCACUGGACCCCCAUCGUAUGCCAAAGACGAUGAGGUCAUCUGCACUUCAUUUUAUUCCAAGAUACACCCCUUAGAAAAUGGAGAGAUACACAUCUCUUUGAUCAACGGGAGACCAAGUGCUGAUGACCCUUCUCCUGAACUACUGGAAUUCACCUCCGCUCGAUAUAUUCGCCUGAGAUUUCAGAGAAUCCGCACCCUGAAUGCUGACUUGAUGAUGUUCGCUCACAAAGACCCGAGAGAAAUUGACCCAAUUGUCACACGAAGAUAUUACUACUCGGUCAAGGAUAUUUCAGUUGGAGGGAUGUGCAUCUGCUACGGUCAUGCCAGGGCUUGUCCACUUGAUCCAGUGACAAAUAAAUCCCGCUGUGAAUGUGAGCACAAUACAUGUGGUGAUAGCUGUGAUCAGUGCUGUCCAGGAUUUCAUCAGAAACCUUGGCGAGCUGGCACUUUUCUGACUAAAACUGAAUGCGAAGCGUGCAAUUGCCAUGGGAAAGCUGAAGAAUGCUAUUAUGAUGAAAAUGUUGCCAGAAGAAAUCUGAGUUUAAAUAUACAUGGAAAGUACAUUGGAGGGGGUGUGUGCGUGAAUUGUACCCAAAACACGGCUGGUAUAAACUGUGAGACCUGCAUUGAUGGCUUCUUCAGACCCAAAGGGGUAUCUCCAAAUUAUCCAAGACCAUGCCAGCCAUGCCACUGUGAUCCAAUUGGUUCCUUAAAUGAUGUCUGUGUGAAGGAUGAAAAACGUACUCAACGAGGUCUGGCACCUGGGUCCUGUCAUUGCAAACCUGGCUUCAGAGGCGUGAGUUGCGAUCGAUGUGCCAGGGGCUACACUGGCUAUCCAGACUGCAAACCCUGUAACUGCAGUGGCGCAGGGAGCACAAACGAGGACCCUUGUUUUGGACCCUGUCACUGUAAGGAGAACGUUGAAGGUGGGGACUGCAGUCGCUGUAAAUCCAGCUUCUUCAACUUGCAAGAGGAGAAUCAUAAAGGUUGUGACGAGUGCUUCUGCUCAGGGGUUUCAAACAGAUGUCAGAGCUCCUACUGGACGUACGGCCAUAUAAAAGACAUGAGUGGCUGGUACCUGACUGAUCUCUCUGGCCACGUUCGAGUGUCCCCCCAGCAGGAUGACUCGGAGCCACCUCAGCAGGUCAGCAUCCGCAGUGUAGAAGCCCAGCGGUCCCUGCCACAGAGGUACUACUGGAGCGCACCUGCUGUGUAUCUGGGAAACAAACUUACAGCAGCUGGAGGACAAUUGACAUUUACCAUAUCAUAUGACUUCGAAGAAGAGGAAGAAGAUACAGAACGUGUACUCCAGAUUAUGGUUAUCUUAGAGGGAAGUGACUUGAGAAUCAGCACAGCCCAAGAUGAGGUGUAUCUGCAACCAUAUGAAGAACAUAUCCAUGCAUUGUCACUUAAAGAAGAAUUGUUUACCAUACACGGCACAAAUUUCCCUGUCAGUAGAAGAGAGUUUAUGACCGUGCUCGCGAAUGUAAAGAGAGUCCUCAUACAAAUCACCUACAGCCUUGGGAUGGAUGCCACCUUCAG